AUGAAGAAGGGUUUGCCUUUUGAAAUCAAGCUGAGACCGAUAGAAGCCAGUGGUAUUGUUUGUGUAGACGAAGAUCUGCAUAUUCUGGGAUGGAAUUUUCAUUCUGCUAGAAAAUCUCAAAAUUACUUUGAUUCCUGGCAUGUAGUUGGAAUUGAAAUUUUGCUGAAUAUUCCUGAGGAUGAGAAAAUGAUAGUGCAUCCUGCAGACCUGUGUUUUAAGCUUCCAGACAACGUGAGCCUAGAGGAGGGGGCCAUGUGCGAACCGUUAAGUGUUGGUGUUCAUGCUUGUAGGAGAGCAAAUAUUGGACCAGAAACAAAUGUGUUGAUCAUGGGAGCUGGACCCAUAGGACUUGUUACAAUGCUUGCAGCUCGUGCUUUUGGAGCACCCAAGAUUGUCAUCGCGGAUGUGGAUGAUCAUCGUUUAUCUGUUGCAAAAUCUCUUGGUGUAGAUGGUAUCGUUGAAGUCUCAACAAACAUUCAGGAUGUGGAUGAAGAAGUUGUGAAGAUAAAAAAAGUUAUGGGAGCUGGUAUAAAUGUUUCCUUUGAUUGUGCCGGUUUUGACAAAACCAUGUCUACAGCACUGGGUGCUACUCAGCGAGGUGGCAAAGUUUGCCUAGUGGGAAUGGGACAUUCUGUAAUGACUCUCCCACUCACCCCAGCUGCAGUAAGGGAAGUUGAUGUGGUUGGAGUUUUUCGCUAUAUGAACACAUGGCCUCUUUGCCUUGAGUUUCUAAGGAGUGGCAAAAUCGAUGUGAAACCCCUUAUAACUCACAGGUUUGGAUUCUCUCAGAAGGAAGUGGAAGAAGCCUUUGAAACAAGUGCUCGUGGUGGUAAUGCCAUCAAGGUCAUGUUCAAUCUUUAG